GCCCAUUAAAUCGGGUUUUCCUCUUCGAUCAUUGGCUAAAGCUCUAAUGCCGUUGACCGAUCUAGCCCUGCCAGCCCCUCCAACGUCACUUACACGGGACGUCUCAUCUUCAAAAGAAGCUCAAGUGCUUACCUACAUUUUAGCUAGGAGUUGAAAACUUACCAUGUCAGGUUAGGAAAGUCCAUUGCAGCAAGGAAUAUUGGGAUUCAGUUUCUUAUUUAAGUAAAGUUAAUAACUCAAUCAGGAAUCAGACCCUCAAAAGGAGUCUGAUGUACCCAUUCUACCACCAUAGAGAAGAAAAGUUACUUGAAUGUAACCUGAGGAGUAAACUCGGAUAAUUGAAGUGUCAUUGGACCUUGGUAAUUGGUUAUCUUCCCUGAUAAAUCUGUUAAAUCUUUAAGCCUCCUUGAACUUCAUUUCAACCAUCUAUCCUUUGUUGGUCACCAACGUUUAUUCGCUUAGACACAUUAAGUCUACUCAUCGCGACAGUGUGGUUUGAUACCAGAUCACUGGACUUUGCGACUGACUUCAUCUUGAUAGGAUCAUACCUGUAAACACCAGGGAAACGAUACCAUCACAAUGUCGUUCCUAUUCCCCAAUCAACAUGUCCUCCAUCAGUCCUUCAGCUCGCCCCUAAACCAACGGGCCCGGAACGUCGCGGCUCCUAAAGCCACUCCGCACCAAGCUCGUCCGGAGCUCUUCGCGGCAUACUCCGUCGUCGAAGAUGCCAAGAACAAAGCUCAGAAGCUGAGCGCCGAAGCUCAGCAAGAGUUCGACAAGGCCGGCGGCAAGAAGCAAUUGGAGCUCUACACUCCCACCUUCUACGCCGCUGCCACCUUUGGCGGUCUCCUCGCUUGCGGUCUAACCCACACGGCGGUGACGCCGCUCGAUCUGGUUAAGUGUCGGCGCCAAGUCGACGCGAAGCUUUACAAGGGCAACUUCCAAGCAUGGGGCAUCAUCCUACGACAGGAAGGCGUGCGCGGGAUCUUCACGGGGUGGAGCCCGACGCUCUUCGGGUACUCGGCGCAGGGCGCCUUCAAGUACGGAUGGUAUGAAUACUUCAAGAAGAAGUACUCGGACCUGGCCGGGCCCGAGAACGCGUAUAAGUACAAGACGGUUCUAUACCUAACCGCGUCCGCGUCCGCCGAGUUCCUCGCCGACCUUGCCCUGUGCCCCUUCGAGGCCGUCAAGGUCCGUAUGCAGACUACCAUUCCCCCACCUUACAAGGGCACCUUGGAUGGUAUCAGCAAAAUCACGGCUGCGGAGGGUAUUGGAGGUUUGUAUAAGGGUUUGUACCCCCUUUGGGGUAGACAGAUCCCGUAUACGAUGAUGAAGUUCGCGUCUUUCGAGACGAUUGUCGAACAGAUCUACGAACGUCUGCCGGGUCAGAAGAGCGAUUACGGAAAGGGUGCGCAGACGGCGGUUUCGUUCAGCGGUGGAUACCUUGCUGGUAUUCUUUGCGCCAUCGUCUCUCAUCCGGCCGAUGUGCUGGUUAGUAAGUUGAACGCCAACCGUGGGGCCGGUGAGGCCUUCGGAGCUGCUGUAGCAAGGAAUUACAAGGAUAUCGGUUUCAUGGGAUUGUGGAAUGGUCUGCCGGUCCGAAUUGUCAUGAUUGGUACCUUAACUGGUCUCCAGUGGAUGAUUUACGACUACUUCAAGAUGUUCAUGGGAUUCCCGACGACCGGUGGAGCCGCGCCUCCUGAGAAGAAAUAAGCGAAACGUGAGGUGAUAUGAGAUUUAUUUUCUAGGUUGGCUGAUUUGAUCGACUGUCAAGUUAACGCAGGGUCGACUUUGAUUUUGGGGGGUUUGUAAUGACUACCUUAUCGUGUUACGCAGAUACAUAGCCAUUUUCUGUCUCAGCAACUUUCCUAUUGUCCGAAGCUGUAAAGUUGUGAUAUCACAUGUAGUAUCACUUGAAGGCCCCUGUAUGGUUGAUUUGAACUGCCCAGGAAGUAGGUACCUACUUGGCAAUGGUUUUGUACAUAUAUUAAAUGGUCCUACUGUUCAAGGUGAUUUACGGCCAGGUACUUUCUAGCCAUUUAUAGGUGCGAAUGGGCGUGUGUAUAUACUAUAAUAUACGGUUUAUGGUGGCUUAGUUUCUACGAGGUACUAUAGGUAUACAAGUGUUUCCCCUAUGCAGGUUCCAGAAUGACGGAGUCCGAAUCUUGAUCUCGUACAGGGAGGUAGUAUACACCCGUAAUAGAAC